AUGAGUUUCCGACCUGCGCUUUCAAUCGAAGUUUCUAAGCCUGACGAUAUCACUGCUCAGUUCGACUCUAUCUCCUACUCUAAGUACAAAGUGGACAAGAGUCCCAAUCCAGUUCAGGCUCCAUUUGGGAGUGGUGAUCUCCUCAACUCUAACUACACAACACAACACCUGUUAUCAGUUUCAGCACUUGCUAACAAACAAAUGUCAACUGAUCUCACUCUCUCUUUCAACAGACGCGCUAAAAACAACACUGCUAAAAGAGAAGAUAAGACGUGGGAGAGAGAAGAGAGAUUAAGACAGAGUAUAAACGAGAGUGAGAAGAAGGCGGGCUGGAGUCACGUGACUGCCAUGCAUUGUAUAGUUCUACCUGAGCACGUGCCGCCGGGUUACUGUUCUCCUCUUCUAACUCACCUCGCCCUCAAGUGGCAGGACAGGUGUAUGGAAGUAAGGGAAGCCUCGCAGGCUCUGUUUCUACGGGAGUUACGCAGGAUAGGCUUCACUGGAAGACAACAGCUAGUGAACCAGUGGUAUCCUUAUAUUGUGAGGAAACGAGACAUCAACCCGCCUGAACCACUGGAGAAAGUGUACACUAUGGACCUGCCUCUGAUCCCUGAAUAUUUCGCAAAGUUUAUAAACCGGCCCGAAAAGAGUAGGAGUAGUGUGUCGGUAGAAGACGAGGAUCUACCAGCAGACUCUUACCCAGUCUCAGUUAUUAUUCUGGGGGUUAUUGUGUCAGAGUUCCCCGACGAGGUGGAGGUCACCAGUGUCAGGAAUCACGUUACUUCACAAGAACGCAGAGAUGUUAUCAGAUCUAGUUUCCUGCUGACGCACGACAUGUUGCGAGGAGUUGCAGCUCACCUCUUCUCACAGCUCAUUAAACCCCCCUCCCAGCUUCCCCUCCACUCCCCCAUUAGGAGGGCUUCUGUAGAUCUCAUAGGUAGAGGGUUCGGCGUGUGGUGCGAGUUUGUGAACUUAACAGCAGUUGUAAUGACAUUGCUGGAGUUGCAGACUGAUCCUCUGGUUCCUAUUGAGGUUAAGAAAGCAAUCGCUCAGAGUGGCAACAUACCUGGCACAGGAAACAAGGAGUGUCUAGCAGCGGCGGCCACCGUGAGGGCAGCUUACCAGGCCAGCAUUCUCAUAGCUAACAAUAGACCUCAGCAGACUGUCACCGCCCUUUCCAAAGAAAUAAUGACUUUUAAGUGCGACGUUGAGGCUGGUUUGUCUAUACAGUCCUUGUCUGUGUUCCCUUCAUCUUAUCACACUGUGUUAGACAAAGGGAGAUAUCCUAUAUAUUUACUGGUUCAGAAUAUAAUAGAGAAGACGAAGGUACGCGACCUGGCUGCGAUAAUAGUGAAGAUAGUGGAGAUAAUGCUGUUCUGCAUCGACACCGAUCAGUUUAAGACCAGAACCUUAUCUGAACUCGUACCGUCCCUUACUAAGAACGUUCUGAUAGAUUACUGUGCGGCUACACAACAAGUAGUAGUCGGUUCUGCGGAGGGGCUUGUGCACGUGUUCGAUGUUAAGAACACCAAGUGUACGCCGCUCCACGCUCACAACGCACCCACCAGCGCCGUAUCCCUGGCAACCAACGGGCGUACCUUGGUGACAUUCAGUGAGAACGAGGGACGUGUCUCUAUUUGGCAGAGUAGUUCGGGGCUACUGUCCCUCAUGUCUCCAGGUCCUCUAAAACUAGUGCGAGUAGUGGACGCUCUACCUCCCCUCUCCAGCAACCAUUCCUCUAAAUCUCCCCUCUUUAAAUGGGAAGCUACUAAACUUGUCUCUUUAUACCUCAGUGACGGUACUAAGAAAUCUUUCGCUGUGUAAUAUUUUUGAUCACCAGGUUUCCUGAUUUUAAUCUCUUUGAAAGAUUCAAAGCCUCUUGUCUAUGUUGGGGUAUCUUCUUUUCACUUUUAUGUAAAUUUUUAGAUAAAUAUGACGCCAUUGAUUGGCCGCCAGUCAGUGUUUCUAUGGUUACGAUUUAUUUGGAACUUAUGGUUUUAAGUAUUUUGUAGUACGCAGCUCUACCCUAUUUUAAUUGCAAGAAGCAAUACAGUAAAACUCCCAAUAAACCGUUUAUUGCACGUAAUUACCGUAAAAUAUACGUUCUGAAGUGCGUUGGGUUUCUAGGAUAGAGCAACGUUCUGCAAAACGAAUUUAAGUUUCGUAAGAUUGAUUUAAAUGUUACCGCAUAAUUUAUUUGGUCUACAGGAUUCUAAUGAUUGAAUUGGUUAAUGAUAUCACUUAUGGUUUCUUGUAUGAGUUUGUUUAUAAUUGACGUUAUUUUCGAUUGUGAUUUUGUAAAAAACCGCUUUUUCAUUUUCCAUUUAAUUACGAUAAUCACAACUAAUCCGCAAAGUUUGGGUACAAAAACUUUGUCACACGUUGCAGACCUGCCGCGCACGUGUGCGCAGCUUUAUC